AUGCGCGGAAGCACUGCCGGGCUGGCCGACACGCUCGCGAGCGGCUCGCGGGCGCACGCCGCUCUCCUAGAGAUCGCCGACUGCCUCUUCGCCAGCAUAGUGGUCGCACCGGCGGUGGUCUCCUACUGGAAGUCGACCUGGAGCCUGAUGGACUUGUACGUGCUGCCCGAGCAGCCGGUAAGCAGCGCCGCCGCCUGCGCCCUGUUCGGCCUGUUCUGUGAUCUGUUUCUGUGCGUUUUCCAAUCGAAACUGGGCAAGUACCUGAGGCCCGACCAGGGCCGCCUGACGUACUACGUUCUCUCGAGGGUGUACACGUACGUGGCGGGCGUGGCGUGCGUGGGCGCGUGGCGCGGUGUAUGGAACCUGCUGAAUGAGUGCACCGGCGAUAGCGCCAGGACUUUACUCUCUACCACCGCGGCCGCGACCCUAUCCCUGGCGGCGUUACGCGCGCUGAGGAACAUAAGCGCGGCGCCGUUCGCUGUUGCGGUUGACGGCCCCCUGGACUACUUCGACGUGCCCACAAUGUUCCGGACGAGCAGCCGAGAGAUGGCGCUCUACGUGUUGGACUGCAUAUUCUCCGUGACUGUAGUGGGUUCACUGGUGGUCUUCGUGUGGCGAGGGUCUUGGGCGCUGCUCGACAUCUUCCUCUACCCCGAUGAUCAAGUCAGAUCCUUCUGGACGUCUCUAGUCGGUGGAUACGUCAUAGUGUUGGUGACCUUCGCGCUACAAGUCCCGAUGAGGUGGGUAGUGGCAAGGCUGCAUGGUGCGCCUAGACUGCUGCUUGUGGACUUCUACCACCUGGGCUCCUUCGUUGCUACCGUCAACGUCUGGCGAGGCGUCUGGGGCCUACUCGACGUUUACUACUUUCCAGACAGACCGAAGCUGAGCAAUUGGUCUACGCACAUCAUCAGCCUGACCCUGCUCGUGCUGCUGAACUGCUCCAACACGAUCCUCGUGAGGGGGGUGUACAUAGACGCUGAGGAGCCGGCCGGUGACUGCGUGGUCUUCCCCUGCCACUAUCUGCGCCUGUUCUUCCACAAAGAGAGGACCAAAAAGAGGCACAGGCGGGCAUUGGCCGCCGCCGCUAUAGCAACGGCGCGGAAGACCGAAGAGGCGAGUUUCCCCUUACAAAUGCCCGAACAGAAAGUC